AUGGAGCGAAUACCGGAUGACCUCGAAAAUCUCAAUCUAGCAUCGAGCAUUAUCAUCUCGAACAUACCCGAGGAUGCUACAGCGGCACUCAAUCGAUACACCCAAGCAGAUACGGCCAAAGUCGCUAUAAGGUUCAAAGCCGUCGGCCGAGCGCCAAUACUGAAGCAACAAGUCUACAAGAUCACCUCUGGUCAGAGAUUCCAGACUGUCACCACCUUUCUGCGAAGGCAGCUGAAGCUGAGACCAUCCGACACACUUUUCUUAUAUAUCAAUUCCACCUUUGCACCAUCGCUGGACGAGGUCAUCGGUAACCUAUAUCAGAGCUUCAAAGUGAACGACGAACUGGUAGUCAACUACUGCACGACCCAAGCUUUCGGAUAA